AUGGAUCCAUCCCUCCGUUCCCACUACCUUGCGGACAAUCCUCCAACCGUCGUCCGCCUAGAGAUUGCCCCUCACUUCGCCGCUCUUUCGCCCAAACACAAGCGAUAUGCUCAUCAUCUGAGUCGUGCUUCUUUCCAUGGCACUCGAGUAACGCUAGCACAAGUGUCGCCCGAAUCUCCCGUCAUCUACGAUCUCAUCCUUGCCCUACACCGUGCUUGUAACGGUGACUACAAGAAACUCUCCGCCGAUACAUCGGUCUCGUCCCCCAAUAUUACCCUAUGGCUCGAGUACGCUGCCCAGUUCUUAGGGAAUACGGGCAACUACAAAGGCUUCGGAGACUCCAAGUUCAUACCGAGACUCUCACCCGAAGAUCUCAAGAAGCUCUGUAAUGUGAACGAUGACUGCAAAAAGCUCUAUGAGAAGGCCACGCAGACGGGAGGAGGUAUAUACGAGACCAAGGACGCGGCUCUGAUGCACCUCGGAUAUCCAGAGGCAGGCCAUAUGACAGCAUAUUACCCAGAUUCACCAACAAUAACCAAGGAGGAGAUAUCCAUCGUCGGAGACGCGCUCGAGGAGAAGAAGCUGCUGAUCGAGAACACCAGAUUGCGGAAGCUGGAAUCCGGAGAUUUCGAGUUGCUCAUAGCCUCCGCGAUCUCGAACCCGCCUCCGUCAGAGCGCGAUCUGGGCGAUGUUUCAUUAAUUGACUUGCCAGGAAAACUCAGUGGCAAAAAGUUGCAUCUUCGUUUUGGGGAUUACCAGGAAGAGAUGGCCAAGAUCACCCUCGAAAUCAAGAAGGCGAGGAAGUAUGCCGCCAAUGAGGUCGAAGAAAAGAUGCUCGACGAGUACGCGAGGUCCUUUGGAACUGGUAGCAUUCAGGGAUUUGUGGAAUCACAGCGCUGGUGGAUCAAAGACAAGAAACCCAUGGUCGAGACAGACAUAGGAUUUGUCGAGACUUAUCGAGACCCUCAAGGUGUCCGCGGUGAGUGGGAAGGCUUUGUUGCUAUGGUGAAUCAAGAACGAACACGCGCUUUUGGCAAACUUGUCGACGCAGCACCAAGCAUGAUUCCCAAGUUACCGUGGAGCAAGGAAUUCGAGAAAGACAAGUUUCUGAGCCCAGACUUUACUUCAUUGGAGGUGCUCAGCUUCGCAGGGAGUGGCAUACCCGCCGGCAUCAACAUCCCGAACUACGAUUUCAUCAGACAGAAUGAGGGCUUCAAGAAUGUGAGCCUCGGAAACGUCCUCAGUGCGAAAGCUCCCAAUGAGCCGAUUCCUUUCAUCCGCAAACAAGACGACGAGCUCUUCCGCAAAUAUCGCGAUCCUGCUUUCGAGGUCCAGGUGGGCAUCCAUGAACUGCUUGGACACGGUUGUGGCAAGUUGCUCCAGGAGACAGCCCCUGGAGAGUUCAACUUCGAUAUUAAAAACCCACCGGUCAGCCCGGUCACCAAGAAACCAAUCACCUCAUACUAUAAACCUGGUCAGACCUGGUCUAGCGUCUUUGGGUCGAUUGCUUCAUCAUACGAAGAGUGCCGCGCUGAAUGCGUUGCGAUGGCUCUCUCCUGCGACUUUGAGAUUUUGCAAAUCUUUGGAUUUGGCAAUGGCAAGGAAGAUAUUGGAAACGAGGCCGGAGACGUUCUGUACGUGGCGUAUCUGCAAAUGGCACGUGCCGGAGUGGCCGCGUUGGAAUACUGGGAUCCGAAGUCUCGAAAAUGGGGCCAAGCGCACAUGCAGGCUCGCUUCUCCAUCCUCCGCACGUUCAUGGAUGCUGGUGGGAACUUCUGCGAGCUCAAAUCUGGGAACGGCGACAUCAAGAAUCCCGACGACCUCGAAAUCCACCUUGAUCGGAGCAAAAUCCUAUCCCAUGGACGUCCAGCGGUCGAGGCCUAUUUGCAAAAGCUACACAUAUACAAGGCGACUGCUGACUUUGAAGCUGGGAAGAAGAUGUACGACGACAUUACGAAUGUAGAUGAUUGGUGGGCCGAGAAAGCGAGACCGAUUGUGCUGAAGAAAAAGACCCCUCGCAAGGUAUUUGUGCAGGUGAACACUGUGUUGGAUGAGGAAAGCGGAGAUGUGAAGCUGGUGGAGUACGAACCGACGAUAGAGGGGAUGGUCCAGAGUUACGUUGACCGUAACGUCUGA